AUCCUUGUUUCAGCAUGACUCAAAUACGGACGCUUGCAGCAUUGCUGCUACUAGCGGGCUGCGCGUACGCACGCACCGCGACACGGACCCCUGCCGUAACUGGCAUCACUAGCCUCACUGAUAAGGACGCUAGACACAAGGCCAUGGUGCACCCAGCGUUCGCUAACGCCGGCAGGCAAGCCGGCUUGGAAGUUUGGAGGAUUGAGGACUUCAACCCAGUGCCCGUACCACAGAAAGAUGUUGGAAAAUUCUAUAAAGGAGACUCCUACAUUGUAUUAAAGACGUCAGCCGACAAACGCAACAACUUAUCCUGGGACAUCCACUACUGGAUCGGGAGCGAGUCGACGCAGGACGAGUCCGGAGCGGCGGCCAUCUUGACGGUGGGGCUGGAUGACAAGUUCGGUGGCGCCGCUGUCCAGCACAGAGAGACGCUGGGCCAUGAGAGCGCGCAGUUCCUGCAGUACUUCCAACCUGCCAUUCGCUACUUGGAUGGCGGUCAUGCCUCCGGCUUCAACCAUGUCACCACCAACGCAGGCGCAGCUAAACGCCUCUUCCAGAUUAAGGGCAAGCGCAACGUUCGCGUCAGACAGGUGGACCCGCUGAUCUCCUCUAUGAACAAGGGCGACUGCUUCAUCCUGGACUUGGACCAGAACAUCUACGUGUACGUCGGCGACAAGGCUAAGAACGUGGAGAAACUGAAGGCCAUCUCCGUCGCCAACCAAAUCAGGGACCAGGACCAUAACGGCAGGGGAAGGGUGGAAAUACUUGACCAGUACUCCACCGAGACUGACAUCCAGAAAUUCUUCACGGCCCUCGGAUCUGGCUCCAAGGACAGCGUGCCUGAAGAGAGCGCGGGUGGUGACGACCAGGCCUUCGAGAGGAGCGAGGAACAGACCAUCACCCUCUCCGAGAUCUCAGACAGCACCGGCUCUCUGAAGAUCACUCCGCUGUCCAAACCCUUCCGGCAGGAACAGCUCAAGCCUGCUGAAUGUUACAUCUUGGAUACGGUCAGCGGCAGCAUAUACGUUUGGGUUGGCAAACAGUCUACUGAUAAGGAAAAGUCUGAAGCUAUGAACAAGGCCCAGCAAUAUUUGAGCGCCAAGAACUAUCCUAAAUGGGUGCAUGUAACCAGGAUUCCCCAGGGUACAGAGCCGGCCGCUUUCAAGCAAUACUUCGCCACUUGGAGGGAUGUUGGCAUGGCACACAACCGCUUGGUUAGGUCGCUCAGUGAUGAAGAAUACUUCAAUGGGGACGAAGCUACAUCCGCGAAGCGUGCUCGAGUUGCUGGCAAGACUGGCUCCGCCCGCGGCUUUAUGCCUGACCAGGGCGAUGGCGAAUACGUAGUCUACAGAAUCGAAGGGCUAGAGCUGACGAAGGCGUAUGAUUCUGCCUCGCCCGGCACUGAACCCGGCAAGCGUUUCGGCGAGCUGUACCAAGGCGACUCUUACGUCAUCCAGUACGAGUACCAGGGCGACACGGGCCGCGGCCAUAUUGUUUACUUUUGGCUGGGCAAGGAUUCUACCUUAGACGAGAAGACCGCAGCGGCGAUUCAAUCUGUUGGCCUUGACAACGCGCUCUCUGGCAAAGCUACGCUGGUGAGGGUACCUCAGGGCGAGGAGCCUCAACACUUCCUCAAGAUCUUCAAGGGUCGCCUGGUAACUCUGCUGGGUGGGAAAGCCUCCGGGUUCAGGAACUCCAACCAGAAGGACAACUACGACACCGACGGCGUCAGGCUCUUCAGGAUCCACGGAACCAAGGCAGCUGAUGACAUGAGGGCAGAACAGGUGCCAGAAGUCACCAGCAGUCUGCAGCCCGAGGAUGUGUUCCUUCUGGAGACGCCUAACAAGAUCUACGUGUGGCAUGGACAGACCUCCAGCGAUGUGGAACAACAGGAGGCCGCACAAUUUGUGGAAAGAAUCCUCGGCGCGGAUAAAGAGUUCGAGGUCAUCACUCAAGGAAACGAGCCUGACGACUUCUGGUCCUAUCUGACCGGUGAUGCCUCGCAAGUGUCCAGCACUGAAGCGUGGCGCGAGAGGGUGACCAAGCGCCUCGGUGCUGAGCCAAGACUCUUUGAUGCCGAUCUCUCUGGCAACAGCGCUGUUAGCUUCGAGGAGAUUUUCAACAUUGAACAGAAGGCUCUACACCAAGACGAUGUGUACGUGCUGGACUCGGGCGACGAGCUGUACGUGUGGAUCGGCCAGGAGGCCAGUGACUCCAUGAAGAAGGCUGGCAACCACAUCGCUGAGGCAUACCUGAGGAAGGUGCGUCACGCCGGAACCUCGGUGGCGGUGGUCAUCAAACAGGACCAUGAGCCUGAGCUGUUCAAGGCUGCCUUCGGAGAGUGGGACCCUCAAAUGUGGCUGAAAAACAAGAGUUCCGAGGAAGAAAUCAACAAUGAUAUUGAAUAAUAAUUAUU